UGUCUCAUUUUUAUUCAUUCGGCUCUCGUUCAUCUUGGCUGCGCUACUGUUCUGCAUGAUCAUAUGGAGCUACUCAAGCCGAUUGUUGUGCUAACUUGUCUCUUGUCGAUCCUCGUCCUGCAGGUUGCUGAAGCUCGCGACAAGACGUUGGUUGGCAAUGCAGACUCUUACGAUCACCCUGAGUUUGGAGGCUCCGUGAAGAACCACAAGCCCGGGCAUGGCGUGGUCCAGCCAGAUGAUCACAAGCCUGGCCACUCGGACGUGUCGACGAACAAUCACAAGCCCGGGCACACCGGUGGGUUUCACACAGAGAACCACAAGCCUGACGCAGCUAUACCGCCGUAUUGGACAGCGGGAGAGAUGUCAACGAAAAAUCACAAGCCCGGUCACUCGGACGCGUCAACGAACAAUCACAAGCCAGAAGUUCACGUUGACAACCACAAGCCUGGUCACACUGGUGGAGUUUCAACUGACAACCACAAACCUGGUCACACCGGUGGAGUUUCGACUGAGAACCACAAGCCUGGUCACACCGGUGGAGUUUCUACGGAGAACCACAAGCCCGGUCACACUGGUGGAGUUCAUACGGAGAACCACAAGCCCGGUCACGGUGAUGCCGUCGCUCAAUCUUUUGCCACUGUAGCUGCGGAUGUUUCGACAAGCAACCACAAGCCUGGUCAUCAGGACUUCUCGUCGAAGCACCACAAGCCUGGUCACGGUGAUGCUCACACGGACAACCACAUUCCUGGUCACACUGGUGGGAUCCACACGGAGAACCACGAGCCCGGCCACCCGGCUUCCACUGCUGGCGUUCAACCCGACGGUCUGCUCGGUGACAUUGCUCGCCAUGUAGGCAACGGAGUUGGCAACGUGGUUGACGGACUCGUAGGUGGUGGCUCGGGUGCCGGGCUUGGACUCGGCGCUGGAGUUGGCUACGGUGGUGGAAGCGGCUCUGGCGCCGGUAAAGGCUACGGUGCUGGGACCGGAUAUGGAGCUGGCUCUGGAAGUGGAAGUGGCUCGGGAUAUGGUAAAGGCACUGGCGCCGGCUCCGGCUAUGGAAGUGGCUCUGGAAGUGGCUCUGGCUCCGGCUCUGGCUAUGGAGGUGGCGCGGGACACGGUGCUGGAAGUGGAAGCGGCUAUGGGAGUGGAAGUGGCAGUGGAAACGGUGCUGGAAGUGGAAGCGGCUAUGGCUCUGGUGCGGGUGCAGGACACGGUGCUGGAAGUGGAAGUGGAUAUGGCUCGGGCUCUGGUUCCGGCUCUGGUUACGGCAAUGGCUAUGCUCCGGGACAUGGCGAUGGCUAUGCUCCGGGACACGGCGCUGGAAGUGGAUAUGGCUCAGGCUCAGGCUCAGGCUCUGGCUAUGGCGAAGGUGCCAAAGGUGGUGACGGCUAUGCGCCGGCACACGGUGCUGGAAGUGGAUAUGGCUCGGGCUCUGGUUCCGGUUCUGGCUACGGCGAGGGUGCCAAAGGUGGCGAUGGAUAUGCUCCGGGACACGGUGCUGGAAGUGGAUAUGGCUCGGGCUCUGGCUCUGGCUCUGGUUAUGGCGAAGGUGCCAAAGGUGGCGAAGGCCAUGGUUCUGGUUCUGGAACUGGAAGUGGCUAUGGGAGCGGGGGAAAUGGUGGCGGAAGUGGCUACGGUUCCGGCUCUGGUUCCGGCUCUGGCUAUGGAACUGGUGGAAAUGGAGGGAGUGGCUAUGGCUCCGGCUCCGGCGCUGGCACUGGCUCGGGAUCUGGCUAUGGUGGAAAUGGAGGCAGUGGAUAUGGAUCCGGGUCGGGGUCGGGCAGUGGUGGCGGUGGCGGCUACGAUGGCGAGAACGAAGGAGAAGUCGCGGGUCCGGGAUACUAGACGAUGGCUCGGAGUUUCUAAAAGCUUGGUAUCAUAGAAUGAAUGAUAUCAACAUAUAGUAGGCUUAAACGUUAAACAUUGUAAACGUUGUGGCUUUGAUCAUCAAAAUAAUAUGGUUUGAUUUAUGUGAAGAAAAAAGAGA